GGUGUGGCACUGGUUCUUCUCUUUCUGUGCAACUGUACUGUGCUGUGUGCGUUGGCCGGCGGUGCUGGAAACAGGCGCAGUGCGGGAUGCAGUGGACGGGAGCGGUACAGCAGAAGGUCCCCUGUGUGUUCCUCACUCGGGUGAAGGAUGAGCCCUCCUCCAAGCGGGAGCACCAGAUGUUCAAAGUUAUUGCUACAGAAACACUGAACCCGGUGGCGCUGAAUGCAGAUAUUCAUAAUGCAAUACCUACUGAGAAGGUAGAUGGCACAUGCUGCUAUGUGGCUCUGCACAAAGGUGUCCCAUACCUGUGGGCACGAUAUGAUAGGAAACCAACUAAACAGGCAGAAAAGAGGUUUAAAAGGCAUGUUUUCUCAAAAGGAAGUAUCAAAGAUUUUAUUUGGAAUGUUGAUGAUGACUUCAAAUCUGUCCCUGAAUUUUGGAUUCCAGCAAAAGGUGUGAAACAGUCCAAUGGGAAACCAUAUCCUGAUGAAAAUGGGCACAUACCAGGUUGGGUGCCUGUGGAAAAUGGCAAUAAACAGUAUUGCUGGCAUUCAAGUGCUGUAAACUAUGAAUUAGGUGUAGGAAUAAUACUAAAACGCCAUCCAGAAGAUCCUGGAGCCUUGUUAAUCUACCUUGGGUAUUUGUGUGAACUUCUUGAACAAACUCUGGAACUCAUUGGUACCAAUAUUAAUGGAAACCCUUAUGGAAUUGGCAAUAAGAAGAAUCCAAUUCAUCUCCUUGUUCCUCAUGGCACGCUCCUCAUUUGUGAUCUCCCAGCCCUGGAUCAUAAAAGUCUAAUUUCCUGGUUUGACCAUCGUCAAGAGGGGAAAGUUGAAGGCAUUGUAUGGCAUUGCAAAGAUCGAUCUUUAAUUAAGCUCCAUCGCCAUCAUCUUGGUUUAGGCUGGCCACUCACGGACACAUACUUAAGUUCUAAACCAGUUUCCAUCAGCAUGGAUUUGUGUAAAUUUGAAUACGAGGCUGCUCCAAGUAGUUUGCUAAGAAAACUUUCUAAAAAAGACUAUCAGCAAUUUGACAGUUUAAAAGACAUUGUGCUAGACUGAAAUAAUUGUACAGUCAUCAUGCAAGACCAAACUCGAUUUAAUGUGAGUAUACAAAAAAUGUCCCUUUUCUAAGGUUAUCCAUCUUUGGAGCCUUGAUUCCAGAUUUAAAAUAAAAAAAUAUGUUGUGUGUAGGAUCUCAGUAUUAAUAAACAUAACUACAGUACUCUA